AUGCCUAAAACAAUAGGUUUCUCCGAGAACCUUCUCCAGAGUACCCGAUUUUCUAGUUCCACGGGUUCUGGAAAUGAUGUUUGUCUCAAUCUCAGUGAUUUUAUACGAAAAGAUGAGUGUCCGGAUCCCCAUGACGAAGAUGAUGAUGAUACAAGCGAAGAUGAUUAUUUCGAUGACCUAGAUGAUUCUGAUGAGGACAAAAGCCAAGACGAUGAUGAUAGUGAUAAUGAUGAUGAUGAUGCCACAAGUGAUGAUGAUUCUUUGAACACCCAUGACGAUGAUGAUACUUCUGAUGAGGACAAAAUGAAGAUGACAUUUCGUUUUUCCGAUGAUAAUGAUAAUAAUGAUGAUACUUCUGACGACGAUGAGAUUAAUCGCCAAUGA